AUGGUGGGAGCUGAUGUUGCGGUCGUUUGGGUCGAUAAAGCUACCGGAAAGGGAUACGCGCAGGACUAUUACUUGGAUGCCAAAUCGCAGUGUUCGGGAACACGUGGAAGCUGUCCGGAUACAAGGAUCAACGAGAACAGUAGCUCAAUUCGUCUGUUGAACGCUGCUAUGGUGAAUGGUUAUUCGAUAGUGACUUAUCAACGACCGCUACGGGCUUCAGAUCAUUUGGAUCUACCAAUUUUCACCAACGGAUCGCAAGCAAUCGUUUGGGCCAUUGGACCGCUAAACCAACGGUACGAGGUAUCAUUCCACUCACAGUAUUUGAAAAAUACCAAACAAGUUGACUUUGGGCGUCAACCGUACUGGAAUUGUCCAACUCCGGAAUCGGAUCAACAGAAGCAGCAUGAUAAUCCACAAAAGCUACAAAGCGUAGAACCCAAUCGUCGAGCUGAUUCCAUGAAACGACCAAAUGCGCCUGCCACAGCGCGUCCCCCUGCGAAGGCCGGUGCCUGGGAGAUUCCUCCGAUUCAAUGCUACGAGCCGGAAGAUGGAGUGUUCUAUGCUCAAAUGGGUCCCACUGGAGGAAAACAAGGCUAUCCAGCCAUCACCGGUCAUGUCGGAUGGGGAAUCUCGUGGUAUAUCAAUGGUCUUCUUAUUCCGGAAAUCAAUGUGGUAAGGGGCAAGACCUACACAUUUGUUGUCGAAGGAGGAAACGAUCCGGAAACACCCGCCAAGUACCAUCCAUUCUACAUCACUGAUGAUUCCGUCGGAGGCUAUGAACACCAAGAGGAAGAUGUUCGGAAGAACAUUCGAAUCUUUGCUGGAGUUCAUCAAAACCGCAAUGGACAACUGAUGCCGACAGGCGUUGGUCGUAUCUGCAACUGGACUCCAAAUCCCGACGGUCCAUCGGCCGAUUCGUAUCCCUCGUUUGGUGCCUACCAAAGAAGUCUCACCUUGAAAUGUGACCCCGGAGAGCCUGGAGUCAUCACCUGGACGCCAGAUGCCGAUACUCCUGAUACAGUCUACUAUCAGUGCUUCACUCAUCGAUAUCUCGGAUGGCGUAUCAAUGUUCACGACUCGUGCGAUGUAGCCUCCUCAAGUGAAAUAGAUGAAGUCUUCGUUGACCCCAGUGAUGAAAGCAUCAAUGCGGAACCUUCAAUCCGACACGAAUCCAAACUACUUCCGUCGGAAACAUUUCUGGAGCAGCACGAAAAUUUUGUUCACAAGAAUGACAAAGAUGUGAUAAAAAAUCAUAAAAUGACUGCCGAUCAACCAACUGAGCAUUUCAAGUUGGACUUGGAAAAUGACCCAGAAAUGUCUAAAAUCAUUGAAGAAGGUAUCCGAGCUGCUGAAGACCUUGAAGAAAAACUCCGAAACAACCAGACUUACGUGAACCAAACCACCAAUGAACAACAACCUCUGUCCCAUGUGGAAAUUAUGCACCAUGCAACGGCCCAAUGUUCCGACCUGUGA